AUGUCUAAAUUUAUCGGCUCAACUAGUUGCUCACCCAUUUUAGCAAUACUCAUUUUCAUCAUUUUAACUCCAAAGGAAUUGGUUCAUGGAAGGAAUAUUUCUGAUAUCGUUGACAAAGAUGAGAUCAUUGACUGUUAUGAUAUCUACAGGCAACCAUCUCUUAACCAUCCUUCUCUUCAUAAUCAUACAAUACAGAUAAGGCCGAGUACAUACCCGAAGAAUAUAAAGUUAGAUGAUCUCGGGACACUUCAAGUUACACAACCUUGGCAUAAAUAUGGAACAUGUCCACAGGGAACUAUACCUAUACGAAGGGAUACUAGAAAACAUUAUCGUUCAACACUUUCGCACAAACAUCAUUGUUCAAAAUACUCCCAUAAUAAAACACUUAAUACAUUGCCACCAAAUGUAACUAAGGACAACCAUGAGUACGCGGUAAUUAAGGUGCAGGGUGGUUUCUUAGGAGCACAAGCAAAAAUAAAUCUUUGGAAUCCAGCUGUGGAAACACGAUUUGAGAUGAGUACAUCUCAAAUCUGGGUUGUAGGAGGUACCAUUAAUGAUGAUGUUAAUGGUAUUGAAGUUGGAUGGCAUGUACACCAACCCAGAUACGGUGAUUAUCAGACCAGGUUUUUCGUACUUUGGACUGCUGAUAAUUACAAAAACUAUUGCACCAACCUCGAAUGUCCUGGUUUUGUGCACACAUCCUCAGAUGUUGCCCUUGGAUGUAAUUUUACGGAAAUAUCCAUUUUUAAUGGCGACCAAAAAGAUGCCACCUUCAGCAUACACCUGGACCAAAAUACUGAAAAUUGGUGGGUAAGUGUACAAGGUAUUCCCGUGGGAUAUUAUCCUAGUUCUCUAUUCACCCAGUUAUCAAAGAAGGCAGAAGCAAUAAUAUUUGGUGGAGAAAUCUAUAAUGAGAAAUCCAAAGGACGACAUACUUCGACUCAAAUGGGUAGCGGUCAUUUUGCUUCAGAAGGAGGUUUCGGAAUAAGCAGUUUUUUCAAUCAUGUUCAAGUAGUUGAUGAAAAUAACAAAUCCAAAGACCCCGAAGACGCCAAGCCAUUCAUAUCGAAUCUGAAUUGUUACGAUUUGAAAAUUGACAAUACACAUACAAAUGGAUAUAGUUUUUACUAUGGAGGUCCAGGUUAUAAUAAUAAUUGUCAAUAAUAAAGACAUGAUGCAUUCCAGAUUAGUAGUAAUAAAACCUUAAAAAUUUGCACCUAUAUCCUGUUGGAUG